UUCCUUACCCUGAGCUUCUAGGUGCCUUCCCCACUCCCAAUCCCCACGUGCGUUGGCUGCCCGUCUUCUCCAUCCCGCUGCGCAGGCGAGGCUCAGCCAUACCAGGCACAAAUCCCCACGCCAGGGACGGCUCCUGGGUUAGCAGGGCUUGUGCUAACUGGGCGCUCCUGUGACCAGCGAAUGCUGUCAGGGGCAGCCUUCUUUUGCAACGACAUGGACACGGGUAUGUCUUUAACUGGGCCAAGUCUGUUCGCUUCUCCGUCGCGCAUCUUCUCCCCUUGCCUGUACCCCUGAAGGGGAGAGAAAGAGGAAGGGCUUCCUGAGGAUGCGAUCCCCUCCCUCGUUCUGAACGCUUGGGCUUCAUUGCUGCUUUUGCUGUGUUGGCUUUCCUUUCUGGGUAGUUUCUCCUGCUCCUGUAGACGUGCCAGAUGGAGACAUUUGAUUCAACAACCCUGCUUCUUGUGAGACCUUAAUUGAUGAACUGUGAUUGAAUAUCCUGACACCACCCCAGUGACUUUUGUCUUUUGGAAAUGGAUCCAAAAAUUGGCAAUCUUACGUAUGGCUUCCAGCGAAGCUCAACGUCAGAUGAUGACUCUGGAUGUGCUUUAGAAGAAUACGCCUGGGUCCCUCCAGGUCUUAGACCUGAGCAGGUGCAGCUGUACUUUGCUUGUCUGCCAGAGGAGAAGAUCCCUUAUGUUAACAGUCUUGGAGAGAAACACCGAAUUAAACAGCUUCUUUAUCAGCUGCCACCCCAUGAUAAUGAGGUGAGAUACUGCCAGUCUUUAAGUGAAGAAGAGAAGAAGGAACUUCAAAUAUUUAGUUCACAGAGAAAGAAGGAAGCACUGGGACGAGGCACAGUCAAAGUACUCCCCAGAGCAGUAAUACAUACCCUUUGUGAACAGUGUGGCACCAAGAUAAAUGGAGGUGAAGUUGCAGUGUUUGCCUCAAGAGCUGGGCCUGGAGUUUGCUGGCAUCCAUCUUGUUUCAUGUGCUUUACAUGCAGUGAACUUCUGGUUGACUUAAUCUAUUUCUAUCAAGAUGGAAAAAUUCACUGUGGGAGACACCAUGCUGAACUCCUCAAGCCACGGUGUUCGGCGUGUGAUGAGAUUAUUUUUGCUGACGAAUGCACAGAAGCAGAGGGCCGCCAUUGGCACAUGAAACACUUCUGUUGUCUUGAGUGUGAAACUAUCCUCGGGGGACAGAGGUACAUUAUGAAGGAUGGACGCCCAUUCUGCUGUGGAUGUUUUGAGUCACUUUAUGCAGAAUAUUGUGAGACCUGUGGGGAACACAUAGGGGUUGAUCACGCUCAGAUGACUUAUGAUGGACAACACUGGCAUGCUACAGAAACUUGCUUUUCUUGCGCUCAUUGCAAAGUUUCUCUACUUGGCUGCCCUUUCCUUCCCAAGCAAGGCCAGAUUUAUUGUUCCAAGUCAUGCAGCCUGGGAGAAGAUGUUCAUGCUUCAGACUCUUCUGAUUCUGCCUUCCAGUCUGCUCGAUCCAGAGACUCCAGAAGAAGUGUUCGUAUGGGGAAAAGUAGCCGGUCAGCAGAUCAGUGCAGGCAAUCUCUCCUCCUGUCCCCAGCAAUGAACUACAAAUUCCCUGGUCUUUCAAGCACUGCUGACGAUACACUUUCUCGGAAACUGGAUGACUUAAGCUUAUCAAGGCAAGGUGUUAGUUUUGUUGACGAAGACCUCUGGAAAGGAAGAGGGGAGGAAAUCUCUGAUGAUCCAGAAGAGUGGGCUGAACAUGAAGACUAUAUGACUCAGUUGCUCCUAAAAUUUGGUGAUAAAGGCCUCUUCCAGCAGCCAGUAGACCUGGAUGUUAGAGGCAAUGAGCAGUGGAUAUGUGAGGGUAUGGUUAAAGGGAGAACAGAGUUGAAGAAAAAUAGUCAAAGCCUAGCAAGUAAAAAAUACCAGUCAGAUAUGUACUGGGCCCAGUCCCAAGAUGGCUUAGGAGACUCUGCAUAUGGGAGCCACCCGGGUCCUGGCAACAGCAGGAAGAUCCAAGAGUUGGACAUGGAACACGGCACACCUAGAUACAAAUGCGACCAAAAGCCAUGGUAUGGCAAUUCACUGGAGUGUUUGUCAAACCUGAAACAAGAGCAGUGUGUUCGGGACUCGAUGGACUCUCUUGCUUUAUCUAAUAUCACAGGUGCUUCUGUUGAUGGAGAAGUCAAACCAAGACCUUCUUUGUAUUCCUUGCAUACCUAUCAGGAGCUGGAGACAGAGGACUGUGAGAAAAUGAGCAACAUGGGAACUCUGAAUUCCUCUAUGCUUCAUCGGAGCACAGAGUCUCUAAAGAGUUUAAGCUCUGAAUUAUGUCAAGGUGAGCCACUGCCAGAAGAAAAGCCAGUGCACAUGCCGGUACUAAGAAGAUCCAAAUCCCAGAGUAGACCUCAGCAAGUUAAGUUUUCAGAUGAUGUAAUUGAUAAUGGGAAUUAUGAGAAUCUUGACAUUCGUCAGCCUCCUAUGAGUGAAAGGACUCGGAGACGUGUUUAUCAUUUUGAAGACCAGGGGAAGAAACAUCAACAUCGUCGCAGGAGGAGUAGGAAGUCUCGGUCUGACAAUGCACUUCAUUUGGUUGCAGAAAGGAAGACCUCCCCAAAGGAGAGACUUAAUUUUUAUUCUCCCCAGGAUUAUGACAAGUUUGUUCAAAAUAAAACUCCUCAUGCAGUUCGGGCAUGCACACCAAACUCGUAUAGCCAUUAUACUCAUAUUGCUUCAGACUAUGACCAGUUUCUUGGAUUUUUUGGUGAUGAGGAAGACUCUUGGUAUUCAUCGUCAUCCUCAUCAGAUUCUGAAGAAGAAGGAUACUUCCUGGGACAGCCCAUUCCACAGCCCAGAUCAGUGAGAUAUCCAUACUAUACAGAUGUCCUUGCUAGUCCAACUGCUGAACUUCCCAGUUCUCAGUUUGGACAGAGGACAACAAAAUCUAAAAAGAGGAAAAUGCACAAAGGCAAAAACUGUAUAAUUUCUUAAGUUUUACUAAUAAUUAUGAACUCUGUGCCUACACUGUUUUUUUAAUUUUUACAUAAAUAAAUGGUUUAAGUAAAACCUGGAACAUGGGCACUCUGUCAAGGCCCUCUAGUAAAGAAUGAACAGAAUUAGGAGAGGAAAGAGCAUUGCAUAACUGUUCAGAAGACCCUGUUAGGGACUGAUAAUCAGCAAAAUAAUGGGAAAGAAAAUAUCAGGACUAAAACCAGAAAGGAGUCAGCAUUUUUGGUUCAACUCUUGUCUGCUACUGCAGUUGUCUCAAUAAAAUUACUGGUUUAGCUGUGUUCACAGAAUUCUAGAAUUGUAUAAGUUCAGGUGUGAAAAAUGUGUGGCUCUCCAGAUGCUAAUUAUCUGCAGCCCAAAUAAUACCUAAGGUGGCUCCCAUUCCUCCUGUCUUUUCUGCAAGAACCACAGUAAUAUUUUGUUUCACUUUCCAAACAUGUCAUGUCAAAACCAAAGGUUGCUGUAAAAUGAGCCAGUUUACAGCUAGUGUAUUUUGAAAGUUUGCAGUUUACAAACCAGAGAUUAUGGUGUACAACAAGCCAGUUGAUUUCAAAAUGAAGUCUGGCAUAUAUCACUUACUCACUGCAAUGCAGUUAAAGUAGUCAUGGUACGAAGAGAGCACACUAAUCUUGAACCCAUCGUUGGUCUCCCCGCUUGGAGUCUCCAUGUAUACUGGAGGUUCUUCUCUUCAAAACCCUGACUUUUUCCACACACAGAGAGGGUGAACAUAAGCAGCAUUACACUUCAUUCUUCAGUUGCUUACCUGUCUAGAUCAGGUAACACUUAACAGGGCUUAUUGGAAAUUAUGGUUUAUUAAAACACUCUGGUUCACACACAACGUGAAAAUUUUGGGGAAAUGAAACGAAAUAUUGUUCUUCCAUUCAUCUACUUAGGCAAAGCCCUUUUGGAGCUUUUAGUUUUCCAGGUUUCCCUGAGCAAGUUGCUAAACUGUGACAUGUGCACAAUCAUUCUGAUAGCACCAUGUAAUGUACUGAAAAAAAAAGAGGCACACAAACAGUAACCAAGGUAUAGCUAGUCACUCUGUCCAAAUACUGGAGCGUCUGUCUUUCCUUUGCACAUGUAAUGCUGAAAUGGGCACAGAAUGUACAACCUUCCAAAUUUGUUGACUCUGAGUUUCUUUUACUCCCAGCAACCAUAGACAAUGCUUUAGCAUACAAGAAUCUGGACUUCAGCAGUCUCUGGAGCGGGGAGGGUUAUCUGCCUCUGGGCCUAAGGUGCACUUAGCAUUAUGUAGAAACAAUCUGUUCUGUGCAUACUCUUUAUUGACAAAACCCAACUGUUCUGAUGUCAAAGAUGCUCUGCUUCUGUGGAAGAUCAAAAGCAUUUGAAGCCCACCAAAUUAACAAUUUUCUUUUAAUUUUUGUCUCAGUGAUGCUUAUGCAGGCAAAAUAAAUUUAACAUGGAAUGUUUAUUUCCUUUAAAAUGUGGUGUAAGAUACUAUUCCUGCCUAUAAAGUUAACUGCAUUAAGUUGGCGAGUCUGCUGACUGUUGUUGAAAAAAAGAAGUCUGGAGAAUCCUGUAUGUCUGAAACACUAUUCCAGGUUUCAAAUGUAGUAUAUGAACAGCUGUUCGAACCAACAAAUAUUUAUAAAUUUAGUAUUUCAUAGCUCAAAUGUGUAUUACAGUGCAAAUAUUGUACAUAUUGUAAAGUUAAGAUUUAACAGACUAUUUUUAUAUCCCUGAAUUGCAAGACAUUUGUUUAAAAUACAAGCAUAGUUUUAGUUGAGGGUUUACCAUCAGCUUGGGUCAGACAGGGGUUUGUUAAAUUUAUAGUAGUGAAAUGUUUAAUUUGACAGUAAAGCUCUGUUUGCAUGGUGGAGCUAUGUAAAUACUGUUUAAGCUAUGGUUCUUAACAUUAAAGGAAUUAUUUAUGAGUAAAAAAAAUAAUCUCUGUAACUAUCAACUGCCCAUGCACAUCUGUUAUGUAGAUAUCUACCAAAACACACCAUUCAGUAUAACAUAUGACAGGCACUAAGCUGACCUCUCAAUACUGAAUAGGGGUUGUCUAUAGUCUUCCAUAAAUACCCUUUAUAAAGGUGAUUUAUACCACAAUAAUGCAAACUAUAGAACUGAAAAAGGAAAAACACCUCUCUCACGUACCGUCUUCAAAGUUGGCCAAAUUUUGCUGUACUAUGCUUUUAAUAAAGGUAUUAUGACAAUACCUAUUCUGUUUUCCAGUCCCUACCCUAAGAUGACAUUUAUAUGUAACAACACUCACUGUUGAUCAUUUCUGUUGAGUUUAUCCACAAUAAUCUCAAGAUAUUUCUUGCUUAGACAGUAUCAACUCUAAUCCCACUAGUACAUAUAAUACUAGGAUUAUUUUCCACCUGCUUACACAAAAUGACUAUUUUAUCAUUUUUGUUCCCCAUUUACAUGGUUUGGAGCUCUCAGAUUUCCAGGCUUUCCUGAGCAAUCCACCCAGCUACACCAUGAGUGCCCUUAAUCUCAUAGCUCCUAUAUCAAUGUACUGGAGAAGGAAAGCAGAAAUGGUACAGGAGAAAGGAUAAUAAUUAUGAAUAGUGUCAAAUUCCUCUGUACCAAUGUACCGUUUAUUACAUGAUUCUGGUUAGAACAGCUGCCUUUCAUAGAGCAAUUUGUAAAAAUAGACAUCCUUUAAUAUACUAGAAACAAUGAAUAUUCAAGGAGCAAAACAGUAUAUACAUUAUCCCAUUACGUUGCUUCUGAAAUUAAAUACAUACCAUUUCCCCUACAAUAAGACCUAACCUGAAAAUAAGCGCUAGUAUUAUUUUUCAGGAUGCUCGUAAUAUAAGCCCUAUCCCA